AUGAAAAUUAUAUUACUUGUAUUUUUAUUUAUAUUUUUAAAUAAUUUUAUAACAAAAGUUGAAUGUUCAGAUUGUCAAUAUUUUAAUCCAAUUGUAAACCAACCUUAUAAUCUAUCAUCAUUAAAAUUGAUACCAGAUUUAAAAUAUACAGUAGCAUUUCCUUCAACAAAUUUAUCAUCAACUUCAUUCGAAACUUAUUUUAAUUUUUGCAAUGGCACACUUAAUAUUUGUAAUGUAACUGGAGCAACAGCAUGUCAGAGUAUUGGAAUUUUUCAACUUGGUUCUAUAGAUGUUGGUGAAACUGUAAAUUAUACAUCAAGUGGUAUGACAAUUGUGUAUAGAUCAAAAAUUUUCCAACCAAUAACAGGUAAUGAUUGUUCUGAUGCACCAGAACCAAAUAGAAGAAAAACAUCAUUUGUUUUUUCAUGUAACCCAAAUAUCCCAAAAUUAAAUGUAACAGCACCUGGACUAGAAAUUCAAAGAUGUACAUAUGGAGUCCAAAUUGAUACUAGCCUAGUUUGUAGAGAUUGUCCAUUGAAUUGUUCACAACCACAUGGUACUUGUAAUAGAGUAACUGGUGAAUGUGAAUGUGAUUCUCAAACCAAUGGUAAAGGUUGUGAAUUGUCUAGAAUUUAUAUCAACUCUGUUGAUUCAACAACAAUUAAUGGCGGUACAACUUAUUUACAUGGUUAUUUUGGUAUUUAUAAUACAACAACAACAACUACAUCUCAAAGAUUAUCAAUUAAAAUUGGUGAAUUACAAUGUAAGAAUAUUCAAGUUAUUAAUGAUUCAACAAUUCAAUGUGAUAUUGGUCCAGGUGAAGGUAUAAAAGAUGUAACAAUAAUCGAUAUGGAUAUAUCCUACACUGGCAAACAAAUUUUUCAAUAUACUAAAAUUAAACAUUCAUGUCCUAAUGAUUGUACAAGUUCAUCAAAUGGUAUAUGUAAUACUGAUUCAGGAAUUUGUACUUGUAUCAAUGGUUUUACAGGUUUCAAUUGUAAUUCACAAGAUUCCAACCCUGAUGCACCAUCAUCAAAACCAAAUAUUAAUGAAACAACAGGUGAAGCUUCAAUUUCAAAUGAUGGUUCAAAUUAUCAAAUUUCUAUUUAUUCACUUGUUGAAUUAAAUUUUAAUGGUUCAACAGUAAAUGAAUUUUUAUUAAGUAAUAAAUGGAAUAAAACUAAUAACAAUAAUAAUACUAAUAAUGAUAAUAAUAGAAUUGUUGUAUUUUCACAAUUUAUUUCAAAUGCAAGUUGCACAAUUGAAUAUUCAAUUGAAGAAGUUAUUGGUAAAAAUAAAAAUUAUUCAUUUGCAGGUGUUAAUUUUACAUUAUCACCCGGUUCACUUAAAUUAACAGUUUCAAUUCAAAAUUAUACAUAUCAUAGUACAUUAAAUUCAAUUCAAUUAAGAAUUAAAUCAUCUCUAGGCGAUUAUAAUAAUAGUAAUAAUAAUUCAAAUGGUAAUAAAAAUUGUAACGCAAAGAAAUUAGAUAUAAAUACAAAUGAUUUCAAAAACGAUCAAUCUUUAAAUUAUUUAACCAUUUCAAAAGAUUCAAAAACUUUUUAUGGUAGAUUUAUCAAUAAAGUAAUUUCGGAUGGUAGAGAAACUUUUAUGUCAACUUCAAUUGUUGGACAAAGAACUGAUUCUAUUUUAAUUGGGCUAAAUCUACCACAUUGUAAAACAUGUUUAAUUGAUCCUGAUUUCUCUUUAUUAGUAGACCAAGAUUAUAAAACUUCAUGUGAUGAUGAUGAUUCCAGACCAAAAUGGUUUUUACCAGUGGUAAUUGUUGCACCAGCUGUAGGUGCUGCAAUCAUUAUUAUAAUUGGUUCUAUAAUUUAUAAAAGACAUAGAGUUGGUAUAAGAAUUUUAAAACAAAAAAUUAAAUUAGAAAAUAGACAACAAUAA